AUGGAAAAGAAGGAAAUCUGGGACAAAAUCCUUGAUGCCGAAAGAAUACAAAUCGAUAAACCCUGGCAUAAAGUCAUCAUUCACAAAAUCCCAAUUCAGGAAUUCUCAGGUCUGAAAGGUAUGGACCUAAUCAAAGAGGAAGUCAAUACCUUCAACCCAGGGCUCAGUAUUAUGGGUACUCCUUACUGGCUUACUAAUGCCUCCAAGAGAGCCAAACAACAAGACGGAGCAAUAGUCAUUGCAUUUGCUACACAAAAAGAAGCAGAUAUAGCUAUCCAGAAAAGGCUAUAUAUUGCAGGCAUUAGUGUUAGAGUAGAAAGAUUCUAUCCAUCUACUCCUUCAUCCCAAUGUAACAGAUGCCAGGGAUUCGGCCAUAACGAAUCAUACUGCAAAAAACCUCCAGCUUGCGGACUUUGCAGUAAUAAUCAUGCUACAGUCGGUCAUUUCUGUAUAAUCUGCCAAGCAAAAGGCAAACCAUGUCAACAUCUAAGUGUCAAAUGUGUUAAUUGUAAAGGAGAACACAAAGCCAACUCGAAAUUAUUCAAGAACCCUGGAUCCUCUCGAAUCCUGAGAAAGACUUCUCCUCAACCAGAUCCAUUGCCCACUCCAGCUUCUCUCAACUCCUCCCAAAUAAUCCUCCGAACCUGCGUCCCCGAACUAUGA